UGGAGUUGUCGCUGCAUGGUCAUAUAUCUACCUCCCGGCUGUGUGUUCACCUCAUGCAUCAGAGUCGUGAUGGACCCUGGCGCAGCGAACGGUGCCGCCACCAGGCCAGCUGAUCCGCCCCCGCCAGCCCAGGUGUCGACGGUGGAGGCGAAGGUGGCGGACCACAAGCCUGAGGCACCAGCUCCUGCGACCACAGUCACCGUUAAGGCCCCUCAACCCUCCCCAGGCGUCGACGUCACCAAGAUGGAGAAAGUGGGCAGUGCGGCCAACGGUAAACAGGAACACGACGACAACGACGACGUGGUGGUGCAGCCGUCGUCUGUAGCCGUCAAACAGAACGGGUCUGUGAACGGGAAGGCUAGUGUGAGCACCGCAGCCACCCCCACGCCACCUAAACCCCAGCAGGACGUCCCCGCAGACACGCCCAAGGAUAAAGGCGUGCAAGACAAACCAAGCGAUAAGGCAGACGCGGCGAGCAAGGCAGAGGAGCCGUGCGGGAAAGAUGCCAAGAAGGACGAGGAACAGACUGGCGCUAAGGCGAAAACCCAGGGCGCCGGACCAGCCAUCUCCAUCGUCAUCGACGGCAGAGCAGCCAACGGCGACCAACACCCCGUAGACGACGACAGAGGCAGUGACCCUGGCGGCGACGGGUCAUCAGUAGACGGCUCGACCGACGACAGAGGGGUAACGCCAACACAGGGAGAGAAAGGAGCCAGUUCAAGGGAAGAUUCAACUCGGGAAUCGUCGGCGACCGUAGAGGCGCGCGGGGCAGGUAAUGGGCAAGGUGCAACAGGUAGUGAAGGUGAUGGUGGGAAAGGGAAAGAGGGACAGACUGAGGGUGAGGGCAAAGUGGAAAAGGAGAAGCAUGAGGACGAGGAGAAGGAGAAAGACGAUCAAGAACAAGUGAAAAAAGAGGAGGAAGGUGCCAAGGAAAAGGCGGACCGGGAGGAGAAAGAGAAGGACGACGGCAAGGAUGAAGACACAGCCACGGAAAACGGAACAGGCAAAGACGAUGAUAAAACAGGGAAGGAGGACAAAACAGCCGAGGAUAAAGACUCGACCCAGAAGACGACGAGAAAUGGGGCGAAAAGUGAUAAGGAAAUGCCUGUAAGUGAUAAAGUUACCACUGGUGGUGAAAAGGGCGCCGCAGGUGGUGAAAAGGGUGCCGCAGGUGGUGAAAAGGGUGCCGCAGGUGGUGAAAAGGGCGCUGCAGGUGGUGAAAAGGGCGCUGCAGGUGGUGAAAAGGGUGCCGCAGGUGGCGAAAACAGCGCCGCAGGUGGUGAAAACAGCGCCGCAGGUGGUGAAAACAGCGCCGCAGGUGGUGAAAACAGCGCCGCAGGUGGUGAAAACGGCGCCGAAGGUGGUGAAAAGUCAAAGCAGAAGGGGGACGCCGAGGAGAAAGAGGAGGAAAAGGGAAAGGAAGACGAGAAGGAGAAAGAGAGGUGUAAAGUAGGGGAAAAGGAGGAAGAUACAAGUAAAGAGGAAGACAAAACUAAGGAGGAAGAUAAGAGUAAAGUAGAAGACAAAACUAAGGAGGAAGAUAAGAGUAAAGUAGAAGACAAAACUAAGGAGGAAGAUAAGAGUAAAGUAGAAGACAAAACUAAGGAGGAAGAUAAGAGUAAAGUAGAAGACAAAACUAAGGAGGAAGAUAAGAGUAAAGUAGAAGACAAAACUAAGGAGGAAGAUAAGAGUAAAGUAGAAGACAAAACUAAGGAGGAAGAUAAGAGCAAAACUAAGGAGGAAGAUAAGAGUAAAGUAGAAGACAAAACUAAGGAGGAAGAUAAGAGCAAAGUAGAAGACAAAACUAAGGAGGAAGAUAAGAGCAAAGUAGAAGACAAAACUAAGGAGGAAGAUAAGAGCAAAGUAGAAGACAAAACUAAGGAGGAAGAUAAGAGCAAAGUAGAAGACAAAACUAAGGAGGAAGAAAAGCCUAAAGUAGAAGAAAAGAGUAAAGUAGAAGACAAAACUAAAGAGGAAGAUAAGAGUAAAGUAGAAGACAAAACUAAGGAGGAAGAUAAGAGCAAAGUAGAAGACAAAACUAAGGAGGAAGAAAAGCCUAAAGUAGAAGAAAAGAGUAAAGUAGAAGACAAAACUAAGGAGGAAGAUAAGAGUAAAGUAGAAGACAAAACUAAGGAGGAAGAUAAGAGUAAAGUAGAAGACAAAACUAAAGAGAAGGAAAAGAGUAAAGAGGAAGACAAGAGUAAAAAAGAGGAGGAAGUAAGUAAAACAGAAGAAAAAAGUAAAACGGAAGAAGUCGGUAAAGAGGAGGAGGAGAAGAAGAGUAAAGAGGAAGAGGAGGGGAAGGAAAGCGAGUCAGAGAAAGAAAGUGGAAUAGGUAAAGACAGUGAUAAAUCAGAAGAAGACAAAACACAAGAUGAAGAGGAGGAUGAACUCGAUGUUACUGAUGCAAAGGAGGAGAAAGGAGAUAAGGGUAAAGAGGAGAAGAAAGUAGACGAAGAGAAGAAAGUAGAAAAAGAGGAGAAGAAAGUAGAGGAAGACAAGAAAGUAGAAAAAGAGGAGAAGAAAGAAGAAAAGAAAGUAGAGAAAGAGGAGGAGAAGAAAGUAGAAGAAAAGAAAGUAGAGGAAGAAAAAGAGAAGAAAGUAGAGGAAGAAAAGAAGAAAGAAGAGAAGAAAGUAGAGAAAGAGGAGAAAAAAGCAGAGGAAGAGAAGGAAAAGAAAGAAGCGAAGGAAGUAGAAGAAAAGGCAAAAGAAGACAAAGUCGUAAAACCAAAGGAAGAAGACAAAGUAGACGAUAAGGCGAAGGAAGAGAAAGAGGUUACGAAAGACAAGGCAAAGGCGACACACGAUGAUGCUGGGAAGGAGGAAUCAGAAGUGCAGCAGACAGAGAAAUUGGAUAAAGUAGAAGUAACAGAAGAGGCGAAAGAGGAACCAGUUAAAGCGAGUGAUAAAGCGAAGGAGGAGGAGGAGAAGAAGGAAGAAGAAAAGGAGAAGGAAACAGAGAAAGUAGAAGGAAAGGAAGAGGAGGAGGCGGCGGCAGGCGACGAAGGUGAAGAAGAGGUUAAAGAAGAGGAAGAGGGAGCUAAGGAGGAGGAGGAGGAGGAGGAAGAAGAAGAAGAGGCGCCCGGCGAACAAGAGGAAAAGAGAGACGAAGAUGAAGAAAAAGGAGGAAAGGAAGAAGGAGAAGCUAAGGAAGGGGAAGAGGAAGAGCCAAAGGAAAAGAAGAAGACAGUGUCAGCUAAGAGACCCCGCAAGUCUGCCCGACGGAAACGUGCAGAAGAGGGUCAUGACAGUGGCGUGGACGAGUCUACCCAGGCUAAGGAAAAUGGUCAGAGCAGGUCACCCUCUAAGGGCUCCCGCGGCUCACCCAGGAAGAGGAUGCCCCGCUCCUCCGACCCGUCCCCCAUGAAACAACGCUCCACACAGUCAGCUGCCUCCGCCGAGCGCAAGUUGCCUAUGAACAAGGUAGAGGUGGGUAAGACUGCAUCACCCAACCUGAAGGCGGUCAAGUCGAAGAUCGGCAGCAUGGACAACGCCACCUACAAGCCCGGGGGUGGCAAGAUCAAGAUUGAGAGCAAGAAGCUAGACUUCUCCAAGGCUUCCAGCAAGAUCGCUGCCAAGAACAUUACUUACACUCCCGGCGGAGGUGACAAGAAGCCGGAGAAGAUUGAGUCCCAAAAAUUGAAGUGGAAUGUUUCCAGCAAGAUUGGCUCCUUGGACAACAAGGAUCACAAACCAGGCGGUGGAGACAAGAAAAUUGAAAGCCAGAAAAUUGCGAUCAAAGCUCAAUCGAAGGUUGGCUCCAGGGAUAACCUUAAACACAAGCCUGGAGGUGGGGAUAUCCAGAAGAAGAGUGCAAAGUCAGAAGGAAAAAUUGAGAAAAAAAAGCUGGACUUCAAGGACAAGGCUUCCAGUAAAGUAGGGUCACUAAAUAAUGUUCAGCAUAAAGCUGGAGGAGGUGAGAAGAAAAUAUUUGAUGACAAGGAUUACCUGAGACAGGUGCAAGGUUCUCCAUGUAAAACACCAACCAGUAAGGCUUCCUCUGAGGCGAAUUUGUCACGAACUCAGAGCCCCAGCCCAGGACUAAUGUCACCAGCAACACAGGUAACAAUACGUAAAAGAAUUCCUGAAACAACUCUCUGUCCUGCCUGCAAAUCAAACACCUUCCGCCUGUCUUCGCACGCUUUUCUUCUCUGAUAGCACUGAGGAUGAGGAGGUUGAACAAGCAGGGGCCAGUCAAGAUGUGACUCCUGCACACUGAGCUUCCCAUCAAGGAAUGGUUGUGAACCAUGGUGACCUAAGGCCCCUCCUUUAAGUCAGGGUUCACAAACUGAUUUGAUAGUGAGAGGAAACUGCAGCAGUCAGUACAGGGAAAUUAUUAAAAGUGAUAUGUGCUUUGUGGAGAUGAUGCUUCAUCUUCAAUAUGCGGACUUAGUUAACUAUGCUGUUACUGCAAUUGAUGACAGUGGAGUUUCUCUGUGGUGUAUAGAAUCCACAGCAGAAGACAUUGUUUGAUGACAAUGAAACACCAGAAAUUUUUUCUCCUUAAAUGCUGAUUGGAAACUUAAUGAUAUUAGAAAAAGCUUGAGAGGAUAUUUCUGUCCACUACAGUCUGUUUAUAUGCAUUCCAUGUCAGUCCAGAUAUAGAUAUGUUAAUUCACCUACGGGAUGCAUGUGAACAAGUGAAACUGCAACUGCUUUUGAUACAUGGUAAACCUGACAAAUAUUUUAUGUACAGAGAGGUUAAUGAACAUCUUUGCUUUUCCUUCUAGAAGUUUAUAUACAGUUAUUUACUUUUCAUGUGAACAAUUAUAACCCAGCUUCAAUACUCAGUGUUCAUGGUACUAUUUCUGUAGCUGUAUGCACAUUUCCCAGAGAACCUAGCUUAGUCCAGUGGUAAAAUUGUGCCUGUCUUUUGUUUUCCCAAGGAGAGUAAUAAUUAAUCACUGUCUUAAAGAGCAAUAACCCUAAAACCAUCUAAAAUGGAAGUAUCCAUGUUGAUGAAGCAGUGUACAAUGUUCUGUAGGUUUAUAACCAGCUUGUAAAGGCCAAGAUGUUUAAAACUACAUACAUUUUUGAAAGUGUUAAUAACAUGGCUAUUCAUUCAUGGCAUGCUUAACAAACUUGUGCUGUAGACAGCUAAACUGGUCUUGAUGUACAUUUAUUAAAUUAAUUAUUAUUUAUGAGUAAAAUUACUUUUAACUGUUGAAGUGGACAAACUAAGCCAAGGUUCUUGUUCCAAGUUUUGUUAUAUUUCAUGAUAAUAUUGAGUCAUAUACAUUUUAGGAUACUUGUCAAAAUAGUUUUAGGCUUCAACUAUUCCUUGAAUCUUCCAUACACGAAUCAAAUGCUUGGUUGUGUUGAUGUAUACAACCAGAUUUCAUGAGAAUGCUUCAUUCCUGCACAACGCUCCACUUGUGUCCAUAUUCCCGAGGAAGGAUGCCUCCAGUUACUCUUGUUUGGUGACAACGUUCACAAGAAGCUGUGUCUGGAUGAAUUCAACAUCUGACCUAUUAGUAAUGAGUGAUAGGAAAGAUUGUGGUUUUUGGGGUUUAUCAUUUUAUUUGAGGGAAAAAAAACUUGCAUUGAACUCUGUUUCAGUUAACUGUUUAAUAUUUUUUUCCCAGAUCAUUAAUUUUAUUUUAUUUUUGAAAACUAAAGGUCAUUUGAAUGACAGUUCCUCCAGUACUGAGUUCUUUUAGUACCAGUAUGACUUCUCUUUCCAUACUUAAGGUGCAUUAUGUGAUUGUAAGCCUCUUGGACACAUUUUGGCACUUAGCUUAAAUAUUUUACAACCACAUAUUUGAUGAAAAUUAAAAAGUUACAAGUUAUCAAGGUAUAGUAUAGAGAAGUAUGGUACUAUGACUGUAGACACUGAGGUAUCAUUUUGAAGCUUUAUGUGAGGCUCAACUUUAAGGUAUUACCAGUGAAUGUUACUUUAUUUCAGACAUGAAAAGGCAGUCUUAAUAGCUUUCAUGUGUGAAUAUUAGACCACCCAAUAUUUUAUUUGACCUCAUGUAAUGUUUUAGGGUUCAAGCCUAUGGAGCUGUUGUCACCUCCCUUCACUGUGUUUUGCAUCAGACUUCAAGUAUUCUGUGUCAUUAUAAAGAAAUAAACAAAAAAGCAUA